AUGAUCACUUCCAAUAUGACGGGCCUGCGCACCGAUGAGGACAUGGAGACCUUCCUCAACGUGAACAAGAGCAAAAUUGCUGUGGUAAAUUUUGGAUCCAGCUGGUGCACCCACUGUCAGGCGCUGUUCCCAAACUUUCUGCGCCUGGCCGGCGAGAGCCAGGAGAUGGAGUUUGCCGUGGCUCAGGUGGAUUACAUGCAGUCUGCAGCCUCACAUGUGACCUUCACCCCGACCCUCUCCAUUUUCCGGCGUGGCCGGAAGGUGGACGAGUUUCACGGAUCCAGCCCGCAACAAAUUCGGGACAGAGUGUGGCUUCAGAAAGAUUGA